ACUUUAUCAAUAUUUCCUUUGUUGUUCAUUCAUAUUUAGCAUUUGCUUUCUAAUUUAUGAUGCCAAAGUCUUCUGUAUGUGAAGAUCAAGAAUUUGAUAAGCCCCACGAACAAAAACAUGUUGAAAGGCUUCAACGUGUCGUGUCUGAUCACUGGAAGAAUAUAUUGAUCGGAGGAUUAUCUGAAAUUAUAAUUGUUUCCUUUGCGGUUCUAUUAACCUACUUUCUGGCAAGGCAACCAACAUGUGAAACAGAAAUUGCGCUCAGUUCUACAUUGCCGACUAGUACUCUACCUAUCACAACGAUUGGCCCAAAAUCUUCACAAAUACCGAUUUCUAGUACUUUGUCAACUGCGGCUCCCGAUAAAAAUUAUUGCACUGGUAAUUUCACUUAUGUCAAUCAUAAAUGUUGGAAGUUGGUCACUGGCCCACAGAGUAGAGCAGAAGCUGACCAGGCUUGCUUUAUACUCGGCGGAUCGACACUUUUCUCAAUCAGAAACGAGCAGGAUAAUCUAGCUGUGUUGGAAUUCGUAAAAGAAAAAAGUGUCGAGAACCUAUGGACCGGGUUAGUUUGUGUAGGGCAUGACCCGUUCUCGUGUACCUGGGAUGUGAAAAGCGGAACAACUGCUGCCUACAGUAACUUUGCCAAGGAUAAUCCAAAUGGAGACUGUAUUUACUAUAUGACUACUGGAACACAAGCCGGCCAAUGGGCAAGUGGUUCGUGUGAUGAGGCUAUGAGUUUUGUGUGUGAGCUACCAGCAACUAUUUAUGAUGAAACAUGUGUAUUCAACUACGACAAUUAUUGCUACAUCCCAUAUGAUCAAAUAAAUACAUCCAAACAAGGACAGAGCAUCUGUGAAUUAUCGGGUUCCAACUUGGCCUCAAUACGUUCAGGAAAUGAAAAUCGUUUUCUCAUGAGCACCGUGUCAGUAUUUUCAAUUUUUGCAAUUGGCGGAUUUGCCUUUUCAGACGAUUUGAUCCUCUGGUAUGAUGGAACACCUAUGGGCCGUUUACACAGAAACCACGCCCUGUCGGUGCAUUGGACAGUGUUCCAGACACCACUACCUCCGCUUAAAAGACUCAUGAAGACACAGGUCCCACUGGUAGAUUGAACAUUAUCAUACACUGGAGGUGAUCCAUCCAGCCAAUAUAUUUCACCGUAAUAUGGAACAGCUGCACCUAGGGAAGUGUAUCCGUCCACAACGUCAUUGUAAAUACUUUGUAUGUAACGAUUUUCAUUGGCAGAGUUAAUUGAAACAAGGUUGGC